UGCCUACUACUUGUCUUCGCACCAAACGAGAAGUGUCGUCUCAAAAACGGCUUCCUCGUCGAGCCCGAACCAAUCUUGAGUCCCCUCCCAUCGGGCCCACCACCACCACUGAUGGACCGAUCAAACACAAUCUCCCCACUGAAAUCACUGCUCACCACUCGUUUCCUCGACUUUCUCCGGGCCUUGGAAUCCGUCUCGCCCCUCAUCGCCUUCUCAGACAACAUCAUCUUCACAGCCCGUUUCUCCCCAAACGUACAAACCGGGCAGGUAGGGUCAUAUUUGUCAAUCUCUAAAGUCAUAUACUCCAAGCACUCCGAAUGGUACACGUGCCCGCACGUCAGAACCGAGACCACCGCCAGCUCGUUCACCGCAUACAUCAGCUUCUGCCCGAACGAGGACCCCUCUGUCAAAAGCCGAGUACAAAUCCCACAACUCGAGUGGGGCCUACUGAACCUCGUGAAUCUGUCCCUGCUGGGGCCCGAUGCCUCGCUGUCGAAGGACCACCUUUCACGAGCAGCGGGUAUCGACCAGCUGUCGGAGGACCCACCGUUGGAGUCAUUUCCCCAGGAAGGAGCUGCCUGGAGAGACGAGGGCGGCUCCUCGGAUAUCGAGAAGGAGGGCGAUUUGGGUAUUCUGCUGUGUUGGUGCCAUCUUAAAGGGGUUGAGAACGAAGGGGAUGCUGACUUGGACGAGAGGGAAGGGACCGAAGGAGAGAGCUUCAGAGAUGAUACGGGCACUGAUUUUCCUCUAGGCAUCCAUUUUCUGGUUCAAUCGAAAACU